CUUAAUCACCUGCAGCUGCAGCCAUAUCUUCAGUGGGUUCUGGACCCAGUCUCUUCCAAACGUGUCUGAGAAUGGACCACAACCUGCGACAAAUCGUGUCCUGGUGGCUCAUCAUCUUUUACUCACUUUCCACUGUAACAAAAGGUCGACUGGAUUACAGCCGGGGUUCUAGAGCAACAAACCCACAAGCUUUGGUCAGAGCAUACGGAGGAGUUCAGCCUCAGCUGUCGGCCAUGAAGCAGCAGCAAAGCGCGGAGCUCAGUGUUCGGCCUCGACCAGUCGUGGUAAAGUGCCUCCCGGAUUUUAUGGAGGUUGUGGUGCAGGCAGACAUGUUUGAUGCAGGCCUAAAGGUGGACGUUGCACAUCUUCAACUGGGCUCAAACUCUCUGAGCGAAGGGACUGAAUGCGGGGCGGUCCAGUCAGGAGAGGAGGAGUUCACCAUUCUGGCCCGGUUGACAGACUGUGGGACCAAACUCUAUUCAACAGAAGACAAGAUCAUCUAUUCCAAUGUUCUGAACUACUCACCUAAACCUUCAUUAGAUGGAUUGCUCAGACUGGAUGUAGCAGCUGUACCAGUUGAAUGUCAUUAUGACAGGAGGUACACUGUGGAUGGCCUUUCCUUGUAUCCCACCUGGGUUCCUUUUGUGUCCAUAGAUUCUGUAGAUGAUCAGACAGCCUUCAACCUGCAAAUCAUGACUGAUGAUUGGCAGUUCGAGAGAAGAUCUUACACAUUUUUUGUGGGUGAUCCGAUUAACUUUGAAGUAUCUAUUGUUAUGGGUCACCACAUGCCUCUUCGAAUUUAUGUUGACCACUGUGUUGCCACAGCAACUCCUGACACAGAAGCCCCUUUAAGAUACGACUUCAUUGAGAAUUAUGGAUGUCUUGUUGAUGCUUACCUGACAAACUCCAACUCUCUUUUCUUGCCAAGAGUUGAGGAGCACAAGCUGAGAUUCCAGCUAGUGGCCUUCAGGUUCCACCAGGAACCCAGUAACGAGAUUUACAUAACCUGCUCUGUGAAAGCUGUUCCUGUCACACUGGCUGUCAACUCUCAAAACCGGGCAUGCUCUUUAAUCGGAAACCGAUGGAAGUCAGUGGAUGGAAAUGACCAGGCAUGUAGAAGCUGUGAUGUCUCUUACUGUUUUGAGAAACCUCAAACCACAGUACCCCUCAAAACCAUUACCAGCACCAAAGCAAGACCCACCAUGACUACACCAGAAAGUUUAUUCCAGAGUAAAGCUGAACAUCAUCCAGCCAAUUACUUCCACUUCCAUCCAGGAAUGUACAAGAGGCAACAGAGAAACAUUGACUACAAACAGCACAUAAUUGCCAACCUUGGACCUCUUCUUGUCAUGUUGCCCAGAAAAUCAUCAGAUUCUCAAGAGGUGUAUCAACAAACGGCGAAGACCCUCUGAGACUGGGGAGACCUGACAGGAGUGUGAAUGAAAUGAUUUUUGGACAAAACCACAAAAUAUGCAAAUGCCAAUAUUGAUCCCAUCCCUCAAAUGACUUGUAAUAAAGUUCUCCCUUCGAA